AUGGAAGGCUCCACCACGCCCGUAAAAUCGACACACGGCACGCCGACCAGAAGCCUUUCAGCCCCCGUUAGAAGCCUUUCGGCGGGAUUCUCGCCGCGACCGCCGACCUCCCCCUACUCCACCCCUUCCUCCUCCUUUCUCCCUUUCGGCGGCAAGCCAUGGCGGUCGUGGGCGUGGGCCGCGAACAGCCUCCCGUUGCUCUCCUUCUUCGCGCUCGCGCUUAUAGCGGGGGGGCUGGUGAACCAGCUGAACUCGCUCGGGAAGAUCGUCGUUGUGACUAUAUCGGAUGCGGAAAUGGCGAGGAUACGAGUCGUGGGCGACGCGUGCGGGAUGGGUCCGAUGGAGCUGCGGGGGAUUAUGGCGGAGGAGCAUGGGUGGCGGCGAGACGAGCCGCGGUACUGGUACGCGGGGCGGUGGCAGACGAACCGGCAGCUCUACCUCGCCUUGGAGAUUGUGCGAAAGCUGUUACCACGCGACGCCGUCGUGUGCGCGCUGGCGGCGGUGCACGGCCAGGUGCCGUGUCUGCACGCGCCGUGCGUGCUGACGCUGCAUGUGCGGCCGUACUACUCGGAUUUCAGUGUGCUGAAGCAGCUCGUCGAGAUGGACGAAUUCGGGUUUAUCAAGCACUUUCGGCCGGCGACUGUCCUCGAUGCAGGAGCCAAUGUGGGCUAUGCGACGCUCAUAUUCUCCACGUUCUUCCCCAACGCUACUGUGGUCGCCAUAGAGGCGAGCGACAAGAACUUUGAGGUGUUACGCCGUAACACGUAUCGCCUGCCGAACGUUUAUGCGGUGCACGCGGGGCUGUUUAACCACUCUGGGAUGUAG